AUGUAUAUGGGCCUAAAGUCUGGGUUCGCUGAUCACAUGGCUGAUACAGGAGACACAAUAGACCGGUCCAACCGCGUUUUCCAGGUCACGGGUACUUCACAUAAAAGCGUAGACUCAUGUGAAGCAAACAACGUGAUGAGUUCAUUGUUGUCCAGGUGUAAUGGACCCUAUAGCCAACUGAGUCAGGACGAAGAGACCUACGGAAUCGGUUGGCAGCCGUUUACGGGAACUGGUGUCUUGAACAACUCAGCGCCUGAGUACAUCUUCCACUCUGCCAGCAGUCUGGACGGGGUGCAAUUUCUUGGCCUCCUCUCUUGGUACUCAGGAGGAGGGUAA